UCAGCUCUCAUCAAAUAGAAGUUAAAUAAAAUAAAUACCAAGCCAAAAAUGAAUACUGGCACCACCUGCUUCGCGGUCCACACUUUGCCGGAGAGACAGCGAUGCAACUUUGUGUUGACCGCUCAUGAUUGUGUUGCCAAUAUGAACCUCAUCAACUAUUUGGGCUGGCAUUACUGCAUGGAGGAAAUCCGAAGCCACUUCAACUCCUUCUGGAGUGUGCUGGGAAUGCUCUUGAUAACCAUUUAUGUCUUUUGGAUGAUGCAGAUGGCCGUACAUCACUAUUUCUGUCCCACUUUAAAGGUAAUAGCAGAUGCAUUCCGGUUAAAUGAGAGCACGGCUGGGGUUACGAUUCUGGCCAUUGCAAACGGAUCUCCGGAUUUGUUCACCGCCAUUGCAUCGAGGCUUGACUCCUCAAGGUUUUCCUUCCUCGCUUGCAUGGCGCAAACUAUGUUUUUGCACACUUUCGUGGCCGGAAUGGUGAUACUCACCAGGCCCUUUAGCAUGGAGCCCAAUUACUACCUCCGGGACUUUGGCUUUCUCUUCUUGAACACGGCCUACAUGGACUUCAUCCACAAGCGUCCUGAUGGAAUCACCUGGCUGAAGGCCUUGCCCAGUGGCUUUAUCUUCUUGGGUUACGUUGCAGUGGCCCUCAUCGAUCAACAUUUGCUGAAGGCUCGCAUUCGACAAUUGGAAAAGAAACAAGAUCCUUCCGUUGGUGACGUGCAAUUGGGGGAGCUAAAGCCGCAGGACACAUUACCUUUAAAUCGUUACGUAAUCGACAGGACAGCCGAUCGUCAAGGUGGACGACAUCAUCGGGUUUUUCAGCAGUUCUGGGGAACCGUUGGUGAGUUCGACAAGGAGCGCUUCCGACAGGGGACAAUACUAUUGAAGGUCUACCUGAUUGUGAAGCAACCCAUCGAUAUGAUAUUGAGGAUACUCAUCCCAGUGGUGGACAUGGAAAAACCCCUUUAUGGUUGGUCAAAGCUGCUCUUCAGCCUCCAAGUGGUUCUGGUCCCCACCUACACUGCCUACAUAAUCGUCCGGGGACAUACCAUUCUGGGCACUGCCGCCUAUAUCGUGACUCUCAUGAUCAUGGUGCCUGUGGCACUCAUUAUAUGUUUUCUCACGCGCACCGACACCCCGCCCAGAUUCUUUAGGUACACAUCUGUUAUCGGAUUUCUGGCCACCGUCUUCCUGAUCUACUGUCUUACUUCCGAGGUAAAUGCCAUGUUUUUCACCUUGGCCACCGUCUUAAAAGUGAGUCAGGAAUUUGCUUUGGCGACGGUCAUUUGCUGGGCAAUGUACAGUAACGAUUUGGUGGCCAAUAUCGCUUUGGCCUACCAGGGAUGGCCUCGCAUGGCAUUCACGGCCACCUUCUCAUCACCCGUAUUUGGAACCUUUGUGGUUCUAGCUUUGCCACUGAUUGUAGAGGCGUUUUUAAAGGCUCCCGCUAAAAUUAAUCCUUCGGAGGGACAUUUUGGAGAGACGGCUUGCAUUUUCGUGGAGGUUGGAUUGUUGUUCUCAAUGCUUGCAGCACUCACAAACAACUUCAAGAUGCGAAGAGCUUGUGGUUUUCUUCUGGUUUCUUACUAUUUAUUCUUUUUUGGAGUUCUAGUUCUUCUCGAGAAGGGUGUGAUCCAUGGCUAUGGAGUGGAUGGAUAGACAACAUGUACCUAUACAACCAAGUCUAUCCCCAUCAAAUAUGCAAAUUCUGUAGAUGAUUUAUGCCUCAUUAAAUGACCAAUUUCAUUCUUA